CGACUGCUCAGCAUGGUUUCACUCGCCCUCCUUUUGCACGUCGGCCUCACUAGCCUCGUUUCCGCGCUCGAGCUCGGGCCUCCAGCCCUCAUCAGCCGGAGGCGCUUGGCCACAGCCGCCCUGACUCUGCCGUCUUGUCUGUCGGCCGGCCCGGUCGUCGCAGCGGAGAAGGGAGGCGUGCAGUGGUUGCUAGACCUACCGAGCAACUUUGCAGUACAGAGGCAACUCGCCUCCAUCGUGCGCGUGCGCACAGAAACGGUGCUGCAGGCCGAUGACGUGACGACUGGCGCGACUGUGAAGCUGCUGCUGCUCCCGCUCGGCCAACAGGCUGGCGGCAGCCUCUCGGCCGACGACCAGCUCGCACUCGCCACAUAUGUCUACAGCGGGGAGGGCUCCGCCGAUGUCGUCGGCAAGACAAUGACGGCAUCUGCGGCGCGCUCGCCCGGCGUCCUCAAGCUCACCCAGCAGGGUGCCGCCUCUGG